UUGAAUCCACCUUUGGAAUAUUAAAAAAUUAUUUCAAGAUUCUUUCCUCUAAACCAAAUUACCAAUUUGAGACACAUGUUGAUAUUGUCUUGGCAUGCAUAGUGCUUCAUAAUUAUAUUGCCACAGUUGAUCCAAACGAUGACAUCCUCAAUGAACCUGUAAAAAUUGAAGAAGAUGAUAAUGAAAUGGCAAAUGAAGAUGAGGAUAAUAUUCUUGACUUCUCUCAAACUCAAACCCAACGAGAGCAAGUAGAAUCAAGAAUCGAAUGGAAGAAUCGUAGAGAUCAAAUAGCUUGGGAGAUGUGGGUUGAUUAUUAUGAACGCCACUGUGAUGGGAACGUCACUGAAAUUGGCAUGUCAACUUAAUUGGGAAGUCUUUCUAGUGAAUGUUUUGGGUCAAGUGCCUUGACUUUGUUAUUAACUUUGACGUUUAAUACAUUUUGUUACUUUUGCUUGUAAAAUUAUUAAUAUUCGUAUGUCGCGAUUAGUUUAUGUAAUGCUACAAGUCUCUUCUUCUUGUUAUUAACUAUGACGGUUGAUUAUUGUGUUUGACCAAUGCAAUUUAUUUAUUACUUGACUUGCUUAUUUUUAGCCUAUCUUAUCAUUAUGCUUUAUUUCCAUAAUUGUUUUUAUAUAUUUGUCUUAAUAUUCUAUAGGAAUGGCUGAGAAUCUUAAUUUAGAUGUGACUGACAAGAGCAAUCCGACCACACCAUCCCCAUCACCUAGAACUCCAACUAUUCCGAUCAUUAGUGGUUUCAAUAUGGGGUUCAUGCCCUACCAGUCACCAUUAUUUGGUAAUACUAUAAAUGCAUUUCACAAUGUGGUCAAUUAUGAUGGUAGUUACUUUCCUAUGACACAUCCACCAAUAUCAUUUACUCACACGCUUAGCGCUCCUACCUCCAUACAACAACAGUGUCAUAUUCCAUUCUCUAGUGGGGUUCAUAUCAAUCCACACACUGAAGGGGGAGCCCUUUUAGAACAAAGGGGUAGCAAGAGAAUGGGCACUUCUACAUAUGUUAAAAGUUCUUCUCAAUAUCCAAAAAGAAAAAGGAAGAAGGCGAGAAUGGACACUUCUACAUGUGAUGAAAGUUCUUCUCCAGAUCCAAAAAGAAAAAGGAAGAAGGCUGCUUCGAAGGAAAGAAAUGAUCCUACUGCUAAAGGUAAAAGUGGCUCACACAGAUUUUGGCUAAGCAAACAUGGUGAUAUUUUGAUACCAUUUCUUGCAAAAAUGACAAAAUCUGGGUACAAAGCUGACAAAAAUUUCAAGCGGACCGCUUUCAAUAUGGCGGCUGUUCAUAUGAAUGAACACUUUGAUGAUGGUUUUACCACUGAACAUGUUAUCAACCAUAUGAAAAGUCUUCGAAUAAGAUUUCAUGAUAUGCAAUUCUGUCGCAAUCUAAGUGGGGCUGGAUAGGAGGAAUCUGCAAGCACUAUCAUCAUGGAUAAAGACUGUUUCAAUAGGUGGAGUGAGUUAUUUCUAAAUUUUACACACUCUUCCUCCUUUCAUAUUUUUUACAAUGUUGACUUUUGCUUUAAUAGAGUUUAAUACAUGUUGAAUUAUGCAGAAUAAAAAUUUGAGAGGUUCCAAGCUUAAAGAAUAUAUCAACAAGCCACUAGUUCACUAUGAGGACCUUGCAAUUACUAUCAGUGAUGAUCAAGCUAAAGGAGACUACAACAAUGAUUUUAACACACAUUUUGGUGGUAGUGCUCCCAUUAAUAUUGGAGAUGAUGAUGACAGUCCUCUAUCCAUUCAACACUCACCUCUCAUUCAAAAUCUGGAUGAAGAUGAUUCACCAACUCAAAUUAGAGAAACCUCUAUUCCCAAAAAAGACAAUCCUACAACUAAUUUACAAAAUGAAAAGAAUGGCAAGGGAGGGACUAGUAAGGGAAAGGGUAAUAGAAGAUCUGAUACUGAUAAUGAAUUCAUGCAACAAAUGAUAUAUUAGGUAAAAGAAAUUGCAUCCUCUAUCAAGAAUGUUAACAUGCAUUAGAGUGAAAAGUUGUCCAAAGCGGUCUUUGCCCACAAAGAAAGCUAUCCUAUUGAAAUGCUUGAGAGGUUUAUGACACACUUCUUGAAAGCGAAUUGGAUGGGAGGCGAUUUAUUGGAAAUACUGACUUUGGACAAAAGGAUUUGUUGAACAAGUUUAUGGAGAAGCAAGCCUAAAACUAGUAACAUGGCACUAGUUUUAUUUUGGUAGCAUUUUUUGGGUACUAACUUAUAUCUACAUCCAUACUUUUGACUUAUUUUUGUACUUUUACUAAUUUUGAGACAACAAUAUGUCUAAUUUGUGAUGUAUUUGAGCGUGAUGGAAGCUCAUCGUAAUUUAGAUUUCCAGCUGCUCAUGUGUAUGAUAUCUAUGACUUGAUAACUUAUAAUAAUGACUUUGUUGCAUAUAUGUCGAUGAUUACAUACUCAUUUAAUUUUAUUUUUUAAUAUUAUUCAAUGUUGAUGCACUACUUAACUGUACCUUCAUAAGCUUGAGUUAUAUGUGAACAUGUGUAUGGAAAUUGGGCUAUAAAUCUGAAUAUCUUAUCUAAUAAUCAUGGCUUGUUGUUGCAGGAUCCUCCAACGGCUAUGACAAAUAUUUGAUUUCUUACCUAUCGAUAUGAGUCGUUGCUAUGAUGUUUGGCCAAUGACAAAGGAUAACAACCUACAUUGAGACCUCAUGUACUGCUUGGAGGAAAUGCAAAAUGCUCGAGGUAUAGGAGAUGUGCUAACAGAAAUGCUCAAGGCACGCAAAUAUAUUUGUUCUUUAAUACAAUUGAUAAUGGUUAUGGUCUUAUUAUUGGGUUCCUUUUGUUGUGAUGUAGAAUCUCUUGGUUCAGUAUUGUGGUGAUUAAUAUAGCGUUGAUUAACAAAUUCUUUGACAAUUUUGUUUAGACUGGAUUAUCUAUGUUGUAAUAGGAUGUUCAAGUGAAAAAAAUAUCUUGAACUG